AUGGCAUCAGGCUGGGCCAUCCGGCCACCCCAGUCAUCCUGUCCAAUGGAGACUUUAUCUUCAUGCCCAAAGUCGACAGAGUCUGCAGCAGCCAAGAUACUGGCCAAAAAGUCAAAUGAGGAGGCAUCAAUCGAAAUAUGUGGACGCCUCCCUGUGGAAAUCCUUCAACAUAUUUUUAUGUCCCUUGAUCUCGCCACUCUCCACUCUAUCAUGCAUCUCACCGACACAGCUCGUUUCUUCUCUCUUCGCCGUGUCUUUGACGAGUUCUGCCAGCCACAAUGUCAGACCUGCGGCAAUUUCGGUCCCUACAUUUUCUUGCUGAACUCGUCCAUCCUCGACAAACACCUUGUCACACUGCGUAGUCUUCCUGGUGAAUAUGGUUUCCCAGAGACGCAACUAUGUAUGCAACGAGAGUGGUUGACCAGCUUCACUGCCGGUUUGGACUUGAAAAAGACAGUUUACAAAACUCGGGAGGAGGCGGAGAAGGCUGCUGUCACCUUUCAAAAUUCUCCAGAAUGUGACAUGCGACGACCGAUCUGUUGGCCAGAAAGGGGAAAAAAGUCAGUUUAUAUCAACAAGCUGCGCUUAAUGGGCUCGACUCCUUUUCCGUUCUGGGAUAAAGAGAAACGGACUGUGGAGUCAGGAACUUACUGCGUCGGUUGUGUAUGGCACCAUAAGCACACGCCUUUCUAUGCAACUCGAGCGUAUUUGAUGUGCAAUCUUCCACAACAUUUUGCCAAUUGUCAUUUCGCUGCUACAUUUAUGUCACUGCCACCACACACCAAAGCACAGGUUCUUUCGGAGUUUGGCGAGAAGUUCUUUGUUAACGCUGAUGGCCAGAUUGGAGAUAUCCCGCCUGAAGAGAAAAUGGAGAAAGAAGAGGGAAAGGGCAAAGGGAGUUUGUUACUGCAUGACAAAAAUGCCUGCUAG